AUGAGCGCCGACGAGUGGAACCCGGCCGCCACACCCACCGCCUGUGAGGAUACCCAGGGAGACGGGCGAUGGAUGUCUAUGCACAAUCGCUUCCUGUCAGACAGCAAAGAUAAAGAACCAGAGGUCCUCUUCGUUGGUGACUUUCUGGUGCAACUCAUGCAUCAGUUUGGUGUGUGGCGGCAACUCUUCUCCCCACUGCACGCCCUUAAUUUUGGGGUGGGCAGCGACGCCACACAGCACGUGCUCUGGAGACUGACAAAUGGUGAACUGGACCACAUAAGCCCAAAGAUUGUCGUUCUUUGGGUGGGGACCCAAAACCGGGGGCAUACUGCCAAGCAAAUUAGCGGGGGCAUCAUGGAAAUCGUCCAAGUGAUCAAGAACAAGCUGCCGCACGCUCACACACUCGUACUCGGACUCCUACCGAGAGGUAAAUCCCCAAACCCGCUGCGGGAGCGUAACACUGAGGUCAACCGGUUGGUGCGGGAAGCCGUCAGCUGCCUCCCUCACGCCUCCUUUCUGAACGUUGACCCGGGCUUCGUGCACUCCAACGGUAGCAUCUCUCACCAGGAUAUGUACGACUAUCUUCACCUGACCCCGCAGGCCUACCAGGCUGUGUGUGAGCCGCUACACGCUCACCUCAAGUCCAUGCUAGACAGGUCUGCUGAGAACUGA